GCCAAGGGGGGGCGGGAGGCAGGAGGAGGCAGAGGGAGGCGGAGGAGGAGCCCCCCAGGAGCAAGCAGCCAGCGGACUGCCCGCGGCCUUCUGACCAAUAUUGGAGCAGAGCCCCGAGGCUCCGGCCCCCUAGGUCCCCCCGAGCCCACAGGGCCUGGAGGGGGACGACCAGUUCCCUACACCCUGCAUCUCACAGACCUCUGCGGACAGCCCCGACGGCAGAGAGGUGAGGAUGGGGAGCCCUGAAGACGACCUCAUUGGGAUUCCCUUCCCAGAUCACAGCAGUGAGCUCCUCAGCUGCCUGAAUGAGCAGCGCCAGCUGGGCCAGCUGUGCGAUCUCACCAUCCGAACCCAAGGCCUGGAGUACCGAACCCACCGGGCGGUGCUGGCUGCCUGCAGCCACUAUUUUAAGAAACUCUUCACUGAGGGAGGUGGGGGCACGGGGGCCAAUGGCGGAAUGGCUGCCUCCUCGGGGGCUGGCGUCUGCGAGCUGGACUUUGUGGGCCCAGAAGCACUGGGGGCCUUGCUCGAGUUCGCCUACACGGCCACCCUCACCACCAGCAGCGCCAACAUGCCCGCUGUCCUGCAGGCGGCGAGACUGCUGGAGAUCCCCUGUGUCAUCGCUGCCUGUGUGGAAAUCCUGCAGGGGAGUGGGCUGGAAGCCCCUGGUCCCGAUGAAGAUGACUGUGAGAGAGCCCGCCAGUACCUGGAGGCCUUUGCAACUGUGGGCACUCGGGUGCCCAAUGGGGAUGACAGCCCCCUACCAGCCCCCCUUCCACCACCACCACCCCCGACGCGGCCUGUUCCUCGACGAAGCCGAAAGCCCCGAAAAGCCUUUUUGCAGACAAAGAGGCCUCAAACCAACCAUCUGGCGACUGAUGUGGCUGCCAUCCCCCCCCAUCCCUUUACCUACCCAGAUGAGGAAGAGGCACCAAGUGGCAUGGGGCUAGGCGAUGGCUACAGCCCCCCUGGUGGGGCCAGGUCACCCCCCGAGGGGCACCCGGGCUAUGAAGGAUAUGAGGGGGAGGAAGAGGAGGAAGAUCUGGUAUACCCUCCAACCUAUGGUCUGGCUCAGAGUGGAGCACCCCCCCUGUCCCCCGAAGAGUUGGGCUCAGACGAAGAUGCCAUUGACCCCGACCUGAUGGCCUAUCUGAGUUCCCUGAACCACGAAGCCCUCACACCGGGGAUAGAUGGCCAGGACAAACUGGUACGCAAGCGUCGUUCCCAGAUGCCCCAAGAAUGUCCAGUUUGCCACAAGAUCAUUCAUGGGGCGGGCAAGCUACCCCGACACAUGCGGACCCACACUGGUGAGAAGCCUUUUGCCUGCGAAGUCUGUGGCGUCAGAUUCACCAGGAAUGACAAGCUGAAGAUCCACAUGAGGAAGCACACUGGUGAACGGCCAUACUCGUGCCCACACUGCCCGGCACGCUUCCUCCACAGCUAUGACCUCAAGAACCACAUGCACCUGCACACAGGCGACCGGCCCUUCGAAUGCCACCUGUGCCACAAGGCCUUCGCCAAGGAGGACCACCUGCAGCGCCACUUGAAGGGCCAAAACUGCUUGGAGGUCCGGACCCGCCGACGAAGAAAAGAUGAUGCACCUCCCCACUAUCCCCCGCCCCAGGCGCCCACCCCAGCUGGCCCUGGCCUUGACCUUUCCAACGGGCACCUGGAUGACUUCCGCCUCUCUCUGGCGCGAUUCUGGGAGCAGCCGGCCAGGGCUGUGCCGCCUCCUCCUCCUCCCCCAGGGCCUCCUGAAGAAGAUGAGGAGGAGGGGGCCCCAACCACACCCCAGGCCGAGGGUGCCAUGGAAUCCUCUUAAAUGGGAAAAGGAGCUGGACUAGGGAGC